AUGCAUAAAAGUAAGGAGAAAUUCGGGAUGGAUUACUCGACUUUCAAGACGGACGUCUCGAAGCGGAGGAGAUCCGCAACCACCAGGGAAUUGACGAAAAUAGCGUAUUCCGCGUCGAAAAAUGUGGUAUCCCUGGCGGAAGGUAUGCCAAAUGAAGAAACGUUCCCUUUCACUGAAAUUUCCAUCAAACUUAACGACGGAUCCUCGUUCACCCUCAGUGAAAGGGAACUGGGCGCUGCGCUCCAGUACAUCCCUACACAGGGCUACCCGCCACUUCUUCAGUGCCUGAGGGAGUUCCAGCGAAGGGCGCACGCACCUCCCUUGUGGGAGAGCCGCGACAUUGUGAUCGUCUCCGGAGCUCAGGACGGAUUAAGCAAAACUCUCGAGGCUAUAAUCGGUCCUGGUGAUCCGCUCCUGGUGCACGAUCCUUUUUAUCCCGGCGUGGAAGUGGUGGUAGCGCCCCAUCAGGCAGAGCUGAUCGCCAUCCCUCAGGACGAGCAAGGCGUCGUUCCAGAAAUUCUCAGGGAAACGUUGAGGAGUAGGCAGCUAUCAGGAAAGAGAAUGCCGAAGAUAAUGUAUAUAAAUGCCACGGGGAGCAACCCCAACGGUGUCGUUAUCCCGCUGGAAAGACGGAAAGAAAUCUACAGGAUAGCUUGCGAGUACAACUUCCUGAUUCUCGACGACGAUCCUUACCACUUCAUGCAUUUUGAAGAUGUGGAACCAAAGUCAUUCUUAUCACUGGACACAGAAGGCCGAGUGAUCAGAGUGGACUCCUUCUCGAAAGUGAUUAGCAGCGGUAUUAGAUUGGGAUUCAUAACAGCCGCCGCGCCAUUGAUCGUGAGCAUAGAACUCCACUUGCAGAGCAGCCAUCUUCAUGCCCCUACAUUAUCCCAGGUGAUAUUGUACAAGCUGUUGAAAGUCUGGGGAUACGAUGGACUGAUGAGCCACUUCAUGGGGAUAAGGUAUUUCUACAAGCGGCGCAGGGACAUAAUCGCGACGCUCGCUCGAAAACACUUGAACGGCUUGGCAGACUUCACCGAGCCAAAGGGAGGAUUCUUUCUGUGGAUCAAAGUGCAAGGCAUCACAGACACUUGGAAGAUGAUCAUGCAGCGAGGAGUCAAAGAAGGCGUUAUAAUGGCGCCUGGUGCUGCCUUCAUGAAGGAUCCUAGUAAACCUUGCAAUGCUAUCAGGGCGAGUUUUGCUAAAGCUUCUUACCAAGAAAUGGAUCUGGCGCUACAAAGAUUGGCAGAGCUGAUCAGGUCCGAACUUCGAAAUAAUUAUAUAAUAACGAAUGGAAAUUCGUAG